UCUUCCUCAGUUGGCCUCAAGUGCUGCUGGAAGCCAGUCGGGGCGAAGUCAGUCUGCUCAGUUCACAGCACCAGCACCAUGCCUAUGACACUGGGUUACUGGGACAUCCGAGGGCUGGCCCAUGCCAUCCGCCUGCUUCUAGAAUACACAGACACAAGCUAUGAGGAGAAGAAAUACUCGAUGGGAGAUGCUCCUGACUAUGACAGAAGCCAGUGGCUGAGUGAGAAGUUCAAGCUGGGCCUGGACUUCCCCAAUCUGCCCUACUUGAUUGAUGGAGCUCACAAGAUCACCCAGAGCAACGCCAUCCUGCGCUACAUUGCCCGCAAGCACAACCUGUGUGGGGAGACAGAGGAGGAGAAGAUUCGUGUGGACAUUUUGGAGAACCAGGCUUGGGACACUCGCAUACAACUAGGCACGAUUUGCUACAGUCCUGAUUUUGAGAAGCUGAAGCCUGAGUACUUGGAGGGCAUUCCUGACAAAAUGAAGCUCUUCUCCCAGUUCCUGGGGAAGCGGCCAUGGUUUGCAGGGGACAAGAUCACCUUUGUGGAUUUCCUGGCUUACGAUAUUCUUGACCAGCACAGAAUGUUUGAACCCAAGUGCCUGGAUGCGUUCCCCAACCUGAAGGACUUCAUAUCCCGCUUUGAGGGGAAGGAAAAUCCCCAGAGCUUGUGCAGCUUGAGUUUCCACCCUGUAGAGAAGGAGGAGGAGUCAGCAGAGUGUGAGCAGGUGUCACUGAGAGAGUGA